GGAGACCAUAGGAACGCAGCCGCGGCGGAGAGGCUCGUGUCUGUGUUCGUGCGCGCGUGCGUGUGCGUAUAUGCGUGGAGGUACGUAGGCUCGGCGCUCGCCUCGGUUGCUGCUAGAAACGACUGGCGGGGUUGGAUAUGGAGGGGCUCCGGGAAAUCGCUGGGAAGUGAUCGUGCGACGAGACUGAAGAGAGAAGAAGCGACAGAGGACGUUAUACGGAGCGGUUAGGACGGAAACCACGGGCCGAAGGAGGCGAGAGAAGUCAGAGAGAAGGGGCUCGUCUGGAAGAUAUUCUAAGGAGUGAGCCCGGGGCUGGAUGGGACCCACCAUGCCCCCCAGUAAGAAGGCUCAGAGCCCCAGCAGUGGAGCCAGCGCAUCAGAGGGGAGGAGCCCGCCGUACAGGGGGCAGGGCGAGGCCACGGAGGCAGAAGCGGGCGACCUGUCCCUGUCUCUAUCCGCCUCCUUCUCCAAAGCCGACGAUGAGGAGCUGACCAGCCUGUCCUGGCUUCACGAGAGCACGGAUCUCCUCAACAGCUUCAGUCACUCUGGGUUACGCAGCGUGUCCCCCCUCCAGGAUGCAGGACACAGCCAGCGCUCGCCCUCCUCCUCCCCCUCCCCCGAUGACCCCCUGCUGGGCGACGCGCACUCCUUCGACCUGGGCACGGGGGCAAACAGGAAGCCGCCCUACUCCUUCAGCUGCCUCAUCUUCAUGGCCAUCGAGGACGCGCCAAACAAGAGGCUCCCGGUCAAAGACAUAUACGGCUGGAUCCUGGAGCACUUCCCCUACUUCGCCAGCGCCCCCACAGGCUGGAAGAACUCAGUGCGUCACAACCUGUCCCUCAACAAGUGCUUCAAGAAGGUGGACAAGGACCGCAGCCAGAGCAUAGGAAAAGGCUCGCUGUGGUCCAUAGACCCCGAGUACAGACACAACCUGAUCCAGGCGCUGAAGAAGACCCCCUAUCACCCAUAUCCCCCGAGCCUGGCCACGCCCUCCACGUCCCCGCCCACCCUGCCCCCCCAGACAUUUCAUAGCAGUCCUCCUUUGUGGUCGGGGAGUCCUCUCUUCAGGAAGAACGGGGGCGUGCUCCUACAAGUUCCUCGAGGCGUGAUCCAAAAUGGCGCCCGUGUGAGAAGCCAAGCGCUGUUUCCUGUGAUCAGACCUCUGCCCGUCAGCCCGGUGGGCAGCAGGACCUCGGCCAUCAGAUCAUCCCUGGGAGAUUACCUGAGUCGGGGACAGGACAGCCCGCUGAGAUACUCCCCUCCCCCCUGCGGAGAGGACCUCCAGGAGGACCACACCUACAGCACAGCCAAGUCCAACUCCCCGCCCGCGCCCUCCUCCCCUCUCCACGACGACGACAUCAUCGCCGUGGAGAUCCAAGAGGACGUCAAACAGGAGCCCCGCGAGAUACCCCUGGAUUCCCACAUCACGAGUGCGGCCUACAUUACCCAGAAUGCCCCGCGCGGACAGAGACGCAACAGUAGCACAGGCCCCGGGGCGAUAGCGUCUGUUGGAGCUGGGACGCUAGCCGGCAGCAGUUUGCCCUGGACCAAAAACAAAGCGCGGGGCCUUAGCGACACGUUGCCCCUGAAGAAGAGACGCGCGGCGGCUGCUCUGGAGAAACCGGAGAGUGACGAUGAGGAGAUGAAGGAGGCGGCUGGGUCCCUGCUGCAUCUGGCCGGGGUCCGCGCCUGCCUCAACAACAUCACAAACCGAGCGGCUAAAGGCCAGAAGGAGCAGAAAGAGACUCUGAGAAACUAAGACACAGACACGCACACACACGCACAGUACAGGACAC